GUGCGCGUUAAACAAACAACAACAACGACUAACUACCAAAAGAUUUCGUCCAAAUCCAAAUAUAUAGGAAUAGUAAAAAAAAAGGAAAAAUAUAUAUAGAAACCCAUUACAAAUAACAGAAAAUGAAGAAGUUUUUAGUUGUGUUUGUUGCAUUAUUUGGAGCCGCUGUGGCCCAACAGAGCUUCAAGUGUCCUGAUGACUUUGGCUUCUAUCCACAUGAGACAUCUUGCGAUAAAUACUGGAAAUGUGACAAUGGCGUUUCCGAGCUGAAGACCUGCGGCAAUGGUUUGGCUUUCGAUGCCUCAGAUUCUAAAUUUUUAACCGAGAACUGUGACUAUUUGCACAAUGUUGAUUGUGGCGAUCGCACAGAGUUGGAACCACCAAUUUCCACACCACACUGUGCCCGCCUCUAUGGCAUUUUCCCCGAUGAGAACAAAUGCGAUGUGUUCUGGAAUUGCUGGAAUGGUGAACCCUCCAGAUAUCAGUGCUCUCCCGGUUUGGCUUACGAUCGUGAUGCUCGUGUCUGCAUGUGGGCCGAUCAGGUGCCAGAAUGCAAAAAUGAAGAGGUUGCCAAUGGUUUUGCCUGCCCAGCUGCUGGUGAACUGGCCAAUGCUGGUUCCUUCUCACGUCAUGCUCAUCCCGAGGAUUGCCGCAAAUAUUACAUCUGUCUGGAGGGAGUUGCUCGCGAAUAUGGUUGCCCAAUUGGCACAGUCUUCAAAAUUGGUGAUUCUGAUGGCACAGGCAACUGUGAGGAUCCCGAGGAUGUUCCCGGAUGCGAGGAUUACUAUGGCGAUGUAGACCUGAAGGCUUUGAAAAAAUUGGGCUAUUAAAUAGCAACAGAAAGCAACAGUAAAUAUAAUAAUAAACACACACAUAUACACACACACACUCACUUAGUUGGCAAUUGUAAGAAAGCUGUAAGUCAAUGCAAACCAGCAACAAGGAGCAGAAACAAGAGAUGAGAACGAGAGGGUUUUAAAUGCUUGCCACACAGCCUAAAGGAUGUAUGCACACAGAAUAUUAAGAAUUAUAAGAGAAAAAUCUAGUAUAUACAAUACAAAACACACAUAUAUAU